UUUUUAACACUGAACUUGCAUUGUUUGAAAAUGGCGAUCUACGAGAUAUUUUCGCAUCCGGAGUUACGGCGUUAUAAGACGUCAAUUAUAUCUAAAGCAACGCUUUUAAUGUUUCUAAUUCUUAUAAUAACAUUCAUUCCACCAUUGAUUAUUGUUUACAGAAGCUAUGGAUUUUGGUUAAGAGAAGCCACCUACAGAGAGCAACCAAAUGUAGCAUUUAAAAAAGAAUUUAUUUUGCAAGUUGAUCUUCAGAGUGGCAGUCCGGCUGUAUAUAGUACCUUCCAACAAUAUAAUCAGCUCAUGCAGUCUUAUCUCCGGAUUCCUCUAGUUAAAGCCAGAGAAGAUGACACCAAUGGAGAUGGUAAAUAUGAUGUCCUGAAUCUAGAUCUGGAAGUACCAAUGAAUGUUGAUGAUGAAGUUGUUGGAGUAAAACUUCUUCUUUUCUUUUAUUAUAAACUAAGAAAAUUCUCACAAUUUCAUAUGGAGUCACUUGCAUACAUAGAGUAUGUCUCCCCAAUUCCUGGUGCCAGCCUUCACAUCUUUGGUGAUUUGAGACUGAGGCAGAAACAAUUGCUCGGCCAUAAAGGCACUGAUAUUAGGUUUAAUUCCAGUUUGGUUAACCCUGCUAGUCCAUAUACUGAUUCAUACUCUUUAGCAACAAUAUUUAAAAACUACACUUCAAGAAAUGUAACCACAGUUUUACAAGAUGCAAAUAAAAUUUGGACAUCAGGAAGAGGAUCUACCAACCCAUUUAAAAUCUCAGCAGUUAUCAAUUAUCCAGAAGAAGUAAUCUCAUAUACUCCAGGAUUCUGGAACCUCAUCAAAUGGGGAUGGGUGCAGUAUGUCUCUGUGCUUUUGAUAUUUCUAUACAUUUUCAACAAAGUCAAAGUAUUCAUAUUUCAGCACCAGCUAGUUCCCACAAUUGUUGAGAGCUCCUUAACCAUGCAGAAUGGACGCAAAGAUAAAGUUAUGUAGAUUGCUUACUCUUUUUGUGUAAGUGUGUGAUAUUUGUAAGUGAAAUCAAAAGGAGUACAGACCUCAAGUAUGACUGAAAAUUUAUCUUUAAAAUAUGUCAUGUUUGAAUGAUUCGAAUGUGUUGAUUGUUUGGUGUAACAAAAAAAAAGUAUUUACUUUACAACAGACUUUUCAGUUCCUAAUGUCAUAAUAAAUAUUAUUUACAUUUUCAUUACAAAAAACUAUUAAUAUAUAUUAUAUAAUUUAGUAAAACAUUCCAACUAACAAGUGCCUUUAAUUAAUUAGCAAGGUUUGUAUAACUAGGAUUUGGUUCAAGUGCUGGACAACAACGAGAGAGAUUACUUUUUACUUUUUUUUUGUUUUUAUCCAACUUUUUGUCAUUUCAUAUGAAUUUAUAGGACAUAUAAUUUGAUGCACUUUGAUGAAUACCAUCAUGGAUAAAUGAGGACUACUUUUGUAGGUUUAUUAUUAUUAUUAUUUUUUUAUGAAAGUUUAUUUCACAUUUGCUAAAUCUCAAUUUGCCUACAUGGUUGUGAUAGCAUAUCAAGGUAAUAUUUUUAAUAUUUUUGUUCUUCCUUCAACAAAUUACCAUUACCUAGAAUAUUUGUAUAUAAUAUUGUACAUGUUUUUUUCAAGGAUAUUAAAAUGAUAGAUUUUCUCCGUCCUUUUAUGAAUAAUUUUCAUUAAUUUUUUUUUCCAUUAUUAAAACAUGUCAUAAUAUUUUUAAAUGUCUUUUAAAUGAUUGCAUAAAUCAUUGUACUUGUAUAGAUUGUUUAUACUGUAACACAUAGAGAUUCAGUGAUAUUUGUUAAAAUUAUGUUACAUUUACUUCACAAACUUUGUAUCUUUUUUAAGUGUGGUACAUUAAAAGUGGCUACACAAAAUAUAA